UGUAACCUUUUACAAUCAACAAACGGACAUGACCAACGGAUUCAGCGGUUAUAACUCGGAUAUACUUCAGAAUUGUCACCGUUCACUUUACCCCGACGAGAGUGUACAUUAUGGGUCCCACCCGUUAUUUAUGCAAAACGAGCUGCAGCAAGUCAGAAUCCAGCGAGGAGACCCCUGUCUGGAGUCCUCGUCACCAUUCCAAGUUUCCACACCCCUGGAUGAGCGUCUUCAUUCGGCCGAUGAUUACUACUGUCAACAAGAAACCCAGCAUUCUGUGAAAGAGGCACAUAAAUUUCCAGAGGACGAAUGUCCUUGGACCAGUGCCUCCCAGCAACAUACGUUCAUUCCCCCUGAAUACCAGUCCGAGGCAGAAAGCGAUCGGCAGCCAACGAAAAGACCCAGGACGGCUUACACCACCGCCCAGCUAACAGAGUUGGAGAAAGAAUUUCAUUUUAACCGGUAUUUGUGUCGACCCCGCCGUGUUGAAAUGGCGGGUCUCCUUCACUUAACCGAGCGACAAAUCAAGAUCUGGUUUCAGAACAGACGGAUGAAGCACAAGAAAGAUCAGAAUAAAAAAGUGCUUCGGGAAAAGUGCCCUAGUCCUCAGUCAGGAAGUGCUACUAAUUCUCCUCUAUCGAUCCCCACGAGCCCUGCUACUCCUACCUUAGCACUCUCGGUAUCAACUUCUGGACCAGCUUCGCCUUUCAACUACACGUGUCUUGGACAAGCUGACCAGUUCUCACACCGAUUUACGACAGACAUACACGGUGAUGGUUCUCAUCUUGUGCGCCCCAGUUGCCACAAACAAAACUUGGAACAAAAGUCACUUGUCGGUAGUGUCUCUGUGUCACUGUUAGAACCUGAUGCUCACCCAAAUAUGACUGUUCUUCAAGAACCCAGAUCCCCUCUGAUGAACUCUAGUUCAGUGUCCGAGCACUUGUUUUACGCAGCCCUUUCUAACCAAACAGUGCCCAUUCAGCAAGAACCAAAGUAUUAUCACGUCAAUAUUAAUGGAGAACCCUAUCCUGUCAUCCAUCAGGAAUCACAGCCUCACUUCCAUCAGUCGCCACCAGCAGUGAAAUCGCAUGGAAUACACCCCCAAGUCCAACUGGAAACCCCUUGCCAAAAUCAACAGUACCUUGUGACUAGUGACUGGACACAACAGCGCCACCUGACCUUACCUUUUGCACCAAAACUCACCCACCUUUAAAUGAUAACAGUGUUCUUUUUUUUUUUUCGCUUGACGAUAUAUUUUAAUAUAGGUUUUUAAGUUUAUCUUACUGUAUGAUUCAGAUGCUACAAAUUAGUUACAUGUUUGUGUUUGGAGAGCAUUUUAUCAAUUAUAUUUACUCCAGCUUUAUUAAAGUUUCAAGUUAGAUAUUGAUUUAAAUGUGAUAGAACUUCUGAGUAACCUGUGAGAUAUCACUGAAGUGUUAUACACAGUAUAUUUUCUGUACAAUAUGUUUAAUAACUUGUAAUUAGUUCUACUUACAUCAUACCAACAUACUUCUUUAUGUACCAGUCUACGUUCAUGUGGUACUUCUGUAUACCAGUCUACGUUCAUGUGGGACUUCUGUAUACCAGUCUUUGUUCAUGUGGUACUUCUGUAUACCAGUCUAUAUUCAUGUGGUACUUCUUUAUGUACCAGUCUACGUUCAUGUGGGACUUCUGUAUACCAGUCUUUGUUCAUGUGGUACUUCUGUAUACCAGUCUAUAUUCAUGUGGUACUUCUUUAUGUACCAGUCUACGUUCAUGUGGGACUUCUGUAUACCAGUCUUUGUUCAUGUGGUACUUCUGUAUACUGGGGUACUUCUGAGGUAAUGACGAGUUCCGUACAUUAUGAAGAAUGUGACAAUGACGAGUUUCGUACAUUAUGAAGAAUGGGACAAUGACGAGUUCCGUACAUUAUGAUAAAUGGGGUAAUGACGAGUUCCGUACAUUAUGAAGAAUGGAGCAAUGACGAGUUCCGUACAUUAUGAAGAAUGGGGUUAUGACGAGUUCCGUACAUUAUGAUAAAUGGGGUAAUGACGAGUUUCGUACAUUAUGAAGAAUGGAGCAAUGACGAGUUCCGUACAUUAUGAAGAAUGGGGUAAUGACGAGUUUCGUACAUUAUAACGAAGAUUUAGAAACAUACCUUUCCAACAGAACGUGAAAGACCAACAUUAUCGCUGGAAGGGAAAAGACAUUUGUAGCUAGAUAACAAUCUGACCUCAUGUAACAUACUUAUGUGGGCCUACAAAAGUAUUUGAUCUCUUACUGGAUAACAGCGUGACAGCUCGUGUUUCUUUCCACCAACCCGGAUCACCCUCCUGUCAAACACAGAACAUUAUACAGGUCUUGCGAUUCCCAGAAUUCAGCCCACCAAUCACAGUCCUCCUUUUGUCGGUGACCAGACGAAUGUCCAAUUUGAAGUAAACUGCUUGGAAUGAUAGAGAAUAAAAAGCACAAAGACGUGGUAUAAAAAUUACGUUAUAGCUGAACGUAUGCAGACAAAACAAUAUAAAACGUUAAUGAAAACUACGUACGAAAAGUCCCAGAGACUCCAUUAGCGUAAGGAGACCAAACAGAGUGAAACGUUUUGUAUUAAUUUCUUUAUCGAUAUAUACUUAUACAAUUUGAACUGUUUCCGACGAAACGUAAUUUUCUAGUAACAUUCUUCUACACAGAUAGAAUAUCAUAUUGAUUUAUAAGAUCGGAUAAGAUGAUUAUAGUACUGUUUCUUUAAAACAUAUUCUGUAAAUCAGCACAAAAUAUUUUUCAUGUAUUAUUUUGACUUCUCAGAGUACAUGCAUAUUCGGAAAAAUGUAUUUAGGUAUAUAUAUGUUUCUUAUUUAAUGACGGUUUAACGUUUAAAUAUGGUAUCUUGACCCGUUACCAAAGCGUGUUAACAUACAGUUCUAAGUAGUUAAGAUACUGUUACCAAGUGACUAUAGUCCGUGAACAUUAAGUAGAAUGUUUAAAUAUGGUAUCCUGACCCCUUAUGAAUGUAUUUAUAAACCAUGUUGACUCACCAAAGCGUGUUAACAUACAGUUCUAAGUUGUUAAGAUACUGUUACCAAGUGACUAUAGUCCGUGAACAUUAAGUAGAAUGUUUAAAUAUGGUAUCCUGACCCGUUAUGAAUGUGUUUUCAAACAGUGUUGACUCAACUAAACGCGUUAACAUACACACAAACCCGUAAGUGUGCAUCAGUUACUCCCUUCUUACAUCUCUGUAAGCCUGAGAAAAAAAGGGUAAAACCAUUAAGUUAAACAUAGUAGCACUGACGUUUUUUCGAUUCUUUAUGUCUUAGGUUGUUUAGAGAGCCAUGUUCUCUUUCCUCUGGUUAUGUUCGUGACUCGUAAUAUGUUGUGUGUUGCCUAGAAUGUUUCAUUAAAAUCAGGAUGUAACAUGCUAGAGUGAAAGAUAAGCUAUUGUGAAUUGUAUGAAUAUAGACUGAGAAGAACC